UAAGAUAAUAUUUUCAGAAACAAAAUCACUUGAUCUUUGUAAUAAUAGGAGAAACUUGUUUCUCAAUAUUACAUUGAUUUUGUAUGGAUUUAUUUUAAAAUAAAAUAAGUUUUGUGUUCGAGUUUAAGCUGAAGGCUUAAUGCCAUUCAUAGUUAUAAGUAAUAAGUGAUGAUGUGUUUAGAGAACCUAAUAUUUUUGUAUCUUAUCUGACAAGACAAUAAGUUUAAAAAUGGUAUUUUGUCUAUGUGGACGCCGCUGCUUCAGCAGAACUUUAGUAAUAAACCCGGUAAUUAAAGGACAAACAUUCGAAAAACCCAAAAAACAUAAUGAUAUAAUAUCUACAAUUCAAUCUACACAAAAAAAUGAAAAAAAUCUAGAUAAAAUCAAAUCUACUCUUACUAAUGUAAGAAUACCUAAUGAAAUAGUUCCCGAAAACAAAACACAUGAUAUAAUGGAACCUACACAAAAAAAUGAAAAAAAUUUAAAUGAAAUCAAAUCUACUCUUACUAAUGUGAAAAAAACCACUGAAAUAGUUCCAGAAAACAAAACAAAUGAUGUACUGGAACCUAUUAUAGAAACUAAAGCGCAUCAACACCUCCAAAUAAACCCCACUUCGAAAGAAAUCAGUGUCAUUAAUACUAUUACUACUUCGUUGGUUUCAUCUGAGAAAACUGAAGAAAUAAUAGGGCAACGUGAAGAAGAAUUGAAAUUUAGACCUAAGACGAAAAAACAACAGGCGCCGCCUGCCCCAAUUUCAAAAAAUCCUGAAGUUAAAUAUAAUGACAAUAUGAAUAGUAUAGAGGUUAAAUUAGAUAAUAAUGUUUUGGAUAAUAAAAGUGAAAUAAUUAAAGAAGAAGAUAAAAAAAAAGUUAACUUCGAAGAUAAUGAUGAUGAUGAUGAUGAUGAUGAUGAUGAUGAUGAUGAUGAUGAUUUAUCGAUGCAACAUGUAAAUGCACCAAAACUGAGUGUAGACCUCCAACUCGAAGUAAAUGAAAGAAGAGAGGGUGUCGCUCCGAUUCCGAUCCGAAUUGACGAAAAUAUUGAAAAACUGUCAGUUUUUAUUAAAGAUCCAAAGGACGAAGAACUCAUAAAGCUAGCUAUCAAGAACAACGAUUUCCUUAACCAAAUAAUUUCAGAAGAACAGAUCAAAGAUGUUGUUGCAGCAAUGUACGAUAAAGAAAUACCGUCAAAACACAUUAUCGUUAAACAAGGCGAUAAAGGUUCUCACAUGUAUGUCUCGGCAAAAGGAACAUUCCACAUAAUCGUAGAUGGAAAGGUUAUUACUGAAUUUAAUGACUGUAGAGUGUUUGGGGAACUUGCUCUUUUGUAUAAUGCAAAAAGACAAGCUACAAUUAAAGCCGCAACCUCUGGUAGGGUGUGGGUCCUAGACAAUAGCGUUUAUCAAAAGAUCAUGAUCAGACAUAACAUGAGGAAACAGGACGAAUUAAUGAACUUUUUGAUAAGCAACGAGAUCUUGAACGUGGUCGGAAACGAAGCCCUUCAAAUUGUUGCUAACUUGUUGAAGUCCGAGUUCUUUAAAUCUGGACAAGUAAUUGUUAAACAAGGCGACAGAGGAAACAAAUUCUACAUAAUUAGAGCAGGAACGGUUACAAUAACUAAAGAAGGCGAAGGCGUAGUUGGUGUUUAUAAAAAAGGAGACUGUUUCGGUGAACUAGCCCUCUUAGAAGAAGACGCUCGUCAAGCUACCGUCACAGCUAAUGCUCCUGGAGUAGAAUGCCUUACUCUAGCCAGAAAAGAAUUCAUCAACCAUCUUGGAGAAAUAAAAAAAUUCAAAUAUAUAAAAGUUAAGGAAUCGCCUAAGGAUUCCAUAAGGUCUGUGCAAGCAGAACAUGAAGAUAUUAAACUAAAGGAUCUGAGGAUUAUAAAGACUCUGGGAGUAGGAGGAUUUGGACGAGUAGAAUUGGUGCAACAUACUAAAAUUGAAAGUCUCGUGUUCGCCCUUAAAUAUUUAAAAAAAAUUGAGGUUGUCAAUCAAAAUCAGCAAGAACAUGUUUAUAAUGAGAAGAUUAUUCAGAUGGCCAGCAGGUCGCCUUUUAUUGUUAGGCUAUACAGAACCUAUAGGGAUACGAAAUAUAUAUACUUCCUGAUGGAAUCCUGUUUAGGUGGUGACCUUUGGAGUUUAUUACAAAAACAGAAAAAUAGAAGAUUCGAAGAAAAAGAAGCACGUUUCAUAUGUUCUUGUGUUCUAGAAGCGUUCGAUUAUCUUCAUUCCAGAGGAAUUGUUUAUCGCGAUCUAAAACCAGAAAAUUUAUUAAUUGCUAGUAAUGGUUACAUCAAAUUAACAGACUUUGGAUUUGCGAAAAAAAUUUCUGGCCGUGGAAAGACCUAUACUUUCGCAGGUACUCCCGAGUACGUAGCUCCAGAAAUAGUUUUAAAUCGAGGUCACGACAGGGCGGUAGAUUAUUGGGCAUUUGGAGCUUUUAUUUUCGAAAUGCUUGCAGGUCGAACACCAUUCAGAACAGACGAUAGCACCCAUAUGCGAACAUACAACAAAAUUUUAAGUGGAAUCGACACUGUUCAAUUUCCAACUUAUAUUCACCUCAAGGCCAGACAUCUGAUUGAAAAAUUGUGCAGACCGGUUCCAUCGGAACGGCUGGGAAUGCAGAGACACGGAAUUCAUGAUAUAAAAGUGCAUAAGUGGUUUUUGGGGCUGGAUUGGCAAAAGUUGGUUAGGUGCGAAAUAUCUUCUCCGUUUAAGCCAAAGUUAAAAGGACCUAUAGAUACGAUCUACUUUGAUCAUUUUAAGAGGGAUACUGAUAAUCCUCCAGAAGAACUAUCAGGAU